AUGGUAAUCAUCACCGCCACCACCUCAAGCUCUGCCGCGCACUCUCCUAUUUCUACCCCUCUGCACUGGGGCUCUCGUUUCAUACCCAGAGUAAACCGGAAGGCCAUUGCGCAAAGGCUCCUCAUCAGUAUGUCCUACGAGGCCAGCACGCACUGGACGUUGACUGCGAUUGUGCUCUUGGGGUACCUAGUCGGGAUUGUGUCAUCAUAUCCUAUUCCAAGCAGGACAAAUGCAACUUUAUUGGAGAAAAGAUGGGAGACCCUCUUCUCCCGCUCCAUUCUGGGCAUCUCGGGGGAGAGAUCGGACCUGAACUGGGAGAGUGACUAUUUGCUAGGUAUCAAAAGAGUGCGGAGGCUCUACUGCAACGUGGGCAUCGGGUUUCACCUCCAGGUCCUCCCAGACGGCAGGAUAAAUGGUGUACAUAAUGAAAACCAGUACAGUCUAUUAGAGAUCUCAACGGUAGAGCGAGGAGUGGUUAGCUUGUAUGGUGUGAGAAGUGAGCUGUUUGUCGCAAUGAAUGGCCGAGGAAGGUUAUACGGAACGACAGUCUUCCAUGAUGAGUGCAAGUUCAGAGAGAGCAUGCUUCCAAACAACUACAACGCCUAUGAGUCUUCCGUUUACAGAGGCUCCUACAUUGCUCUCAGCAAGCAUGGCCGUCUGAAGAGAGGCAAAAAGGCCACAACUGCCAUGACUGUCACACACUUCCUCCCCCGAAUAUGAGCAAAACUGGCAGGCAAUAACUCACUUAUUUGCACAUGUGGAUUGUUGUCCAGGUAACAUUAUACUAUAUACACCAGUACAAA